AUGGUCCUUUCAACUAGAAUUUCAAUACAAUGGCCCCCUAGCGAGCCCAAAGAAGAAGCAAAUGUUUUGGCAAUGACCACGGCAAACAACAAUUAUGUUGAUAUACGUAUCUUUAAGUCGCAAUAUCCGUACCACCUGAAAGCAAACGAAAACAAGAAACAAAAUGAAACUUUAAAUGACAAAACAAAAGAGCUUCCGUUUCGUGAUGUUUUUGAGCUAUGUUUAGCUGGCACAGAAGUUCCAUUGAGUGAAACUAAAAUCAAGUUUGUAAACACUAUCAAUAGUCAAGCAUUGCAAGAAUCUAUUGACUCGGGACAAGAGGUAGAAGCUGAUGAGGAUGUCGGAACAUUUUCAGAAUUCGGUUUAGAUCGUAAGGAAAUAGGCGAGAUGAAGUCGCCAGAGGAUGGUGUUAGAAAGCUGUAUGUGGAAAUUUGGCGGUCUUUAGAUCCAUGGAGACAUACGCCGCAAAACGAAGUUCGCGAGUCAGUUGAGGGCAAUACCGAUAAGGACUGCUUGGCAUUUGAAUUAGUCGAAAACACUAUGAAAAACAAAUGUAAAGGGAAAUUUGUCAAGAUUGAGAAUUGGGCACAAGGUAUUAUACAGCUUGAGAGUACAAUUGUUGUUACUCGCAAGUGGUUUGAUGGCGAAAAAUGGGUAAAUCUAAUUGAAUACGGUGAGUGCGAGUUAUUUCCAAAUCUUGAGACAGAUGUUCAUGAUCUUGUUGUUGGCAAUGUUGUGAAGACGACCAAUAACGAACUUUCAUGGAUAUGUAUAGAGAAAAGUUGA